AAUUUGACCUUCGCCGGAUUUUAACGUAUAUUGAAAUGAUUAUAUUGAAGUCAUAAUAAGUGUAUAAGUCUCAUUUAUGCGGUAGUUAUGGCUCAACCGAGUCAAGUAAAUCUCGAUAUAGACGAUGAGGCGGAAGCAGAGAGUAGCACUCGUAAUAAUGCAAUACAUAGAAUGGACUCUGUUUCCAGGCCAUUGGCUCCAAAUAGAAAUAAUUUAGGUCUAGGAGAUCGACUGAACAGUGUUUUUAGAGAAAUUAGACCCCUGGUAGAACAUGCCAGAAUGGGCAAUAAUGCUAGAUUGUCACUUCCUACAUGGCUACCAAGGAAUCCUCCUGGAACACAUCAACCUGGCGAAGGACCUCAACGGCCGCAGAGUUCAAUAGCACAUGUGAAUUUAGGCCCUGGAGCUCAAACUUACAUUGUAACUGAAAGAGGAACACCUGUUAUACAAAGGAGUAUUAGUCACGGCAUAAGCAAUAGUCCAUCUAAUGAAUCUAACAUUUCUGAGCAAGCCCCAGAACAUGUUGACAUUAAUGUCUCCGUAAAUCCGUCGAAUAAUAAUAAUAUAAAUGACAAUGCAGAUAAUGAAAGUCAGAGCGAAGAUGGAACACAACAGGUGGUGGAUAUUAGGGCAACAUUAAAUCUGUUGUUACGUUAUGCUCCAUUCUACUUCAUAUUAUUCAUAAAAUAUAUGUACGACAGCAGAGAGGGUAUAUUCACAUUCUUUGUUCUGUUCUGCACUUUCUCCCACAGUAACAGUAUUGUAAUGAGAGAAAAUGGCAAGCAAAUGAAUCGCAGUAUAUUAUCAUUGUGCAGUGAAUUAAUUCUUGCAUCCAGUUGCAUUUUCAUUGUUCACUUUCUGUUCGGUCACGGGAAACUCUUGGCGAAUGUGAUAAUGUUUCCGGGAUAUACGGAGCCCAUAGAUGUAUGGGAGCUAUUGUGGCUGGUUGUGCUCACAGAUCUCAUAGUUAAGAUCAUAACAGUUAAUAUUAAAAUUGUGAUCACAAUGAUGCCAGCUUUCAUUUUGCCAUUCCAGAAGAGGGGUAAGGUAUACCUGUUCACCGAGGCCGUGUCACAGUUGUACCGCUCAUUAAUAACAAUCCAGCCGUGGAUUUUCUAUCUGAUGCAAUCGUACGAGGGCUCGGAGAAGAUGGUCGGGAUGUUCCUCACGUCAGUGUACGGGAUCGCGAAGGUCGUGGAGAUACUGGUUCGGCUGCAACUGUUUAAAAAUGCUACGUGGACGUUGUUGCAGAGUGUUAACUUGGGCACGAAGCCGACGUGCGAGCAGCUGGUGUCGGCGGGCGACGCGUGCCCCAUCUGCCACGACGACUACAGCACGCCGGUGCGGCUGGGCUGCUCGCACAUCUUCUGCGAGCUGUGCAUCGCGGCGUGGCUGGACCGCGAGCACACGUGCCCGCUGUGCCGCGCCAAGGUGGCCGACGAGCCCACCUGGCGCGACGGCUCCACCACCUACGACUUCCAGCUCUACUAGCUCUGCCCUGUGUCAGAAGGAGGUCACACAUUUCCACUCGUUAUUUUUUCAAUUUUUUCACGUCCUUAUCACAUUUACAUACUAUAUCUAGCAUUGUUUUCAUAGAUAAUAUUUUUAACAUAUAUAGCUUUAAAAUCGCUAUCAAAAGUAGUCUGUAGAACAUUACAAGCGAUAAUGGCUUAGUAUUGUAUUUUUCAUAAACAUGCAAAUUUUGCACCAAGAAAUUCAUUCCUUAUCUGUAGUGCUGUAGUAACUCGAUAACUAACUGAUUAGAAUGAAAGAACCUUUUAUUUAAUUAUUAAGUGUAUAAGAUCCACAAUCUAAUUAUAAAUAGGACAGCACCUUUAAUAGCACCUUUAUGUCACAACUAUCUCCAAAUAAGUUAUUGUCCCAUUCAUAUAACAGUAAUCUGAAAAUGACACAUGCAGCAUCUUUCAAUGUCCCUUGGUUCCCCACCAUUUUGAAGCCAUCAACAAAUCCUCUAAAUCUUCAAUUUAGUUGUUCAGUUAGACUUAUAAUCAAAGACAUACGUUAAAUGUAUAUAUUAUUAAGCCUGACUUUUUUUUUUAAUUUUGACAUAUGUAUAUUCAAACAAGUCUCAUAGCGUGUGUGUGUGUUAUAAGGAUGCUGUCUUAGAAUUUUGAAGUGUCCAUAAAUUAAAUAUCUUUGGUAUUUUGUCGUUAUAUAAUUAGUAUGUUAUUGGCCUAAUAUUAUAAAUAUUCAUUCCUUCUUGCUCUCUUCAUUAGGGAACUUAAUUCCUAUCCUUUCCUAAAAUUAUUUAAUGUAUAAAGAAAGAAUAUUUUAUUUAUAUACAUUUUAUAUUAUUAAAUAUACAAGUUAUUCAUUAAUAUUUUAACUCAAUUAUUAUUAUUUAUAUAUAUUUAUUUUUUAUUUUUCUUAUGGAUUGAUAAAGUGGCUUAAUGUUUUUUUAAUGGAAUUGUUUAUAUAUAUAACUGAGAUUAUUUAUGCCAUAAAAUACAACUUAUGAAUUUCUGAUUAAUCAUAUUGUAGCAACAAUAGGUUUAAUAAAAUUUUGAAGACGCUAAUUAUGUAUCAUAUUUAAUAACCUAAUAUUACAAAUAUUUGGAGUUUACAUAGAAAAAAACUAUUAUACAUAUAUGUUAAAGAAAAAAAUAUAGUGUUGGUGCAAUUUGAAUAAUGGUUGAUAACAACCUUUCAAUAUUGAUUAUGUAUCUUUUCUCUGGAAAAAAAAUUGGAAUAUUACGCGCCUGGUCAUUUAAGUAAACAAAAACACAUACCCCAAAAGUUUUAUUCUGAAUGUAAUAUUUAGUUAUAUAUUAAAUGUACAGUUUUUGUACAUAUGUAAAUAAUAGACAUAAUCGUUCCUUAAUGUAAGAAAUAUAUUAUAUUAUAGAUUUAUGUUGAAUAUUGCUGUUACUUGAAUUAUAAUUAUAUAAUCAAAGUGUAUUGAAAUAAAGAAAUCCUAAUUAUUGUAACAGCAAAUUUUUCCAUGUGUAGAAUUAGUUUUAUUUAAAUUUUUAUUAAAAUUUUCAAUAAGGAUUAAAUAUGAAACUGGCUUAUUUUAGUAAAGUUUUUUAUUCAUUCUUAAAAAUCACAUUUAAACUAAUGUAUUAAUUUUUUUUACGUAUUCAAAUAUAUGAAGUGUCAUAAUUAUCGUAUAAUGAAUAUUACUUUUGUAAAUAUUAUUGUUUCAAAUAUAAUGCGUUUAUGAUAGAUUUAUGGCGCUAAAAGUUAAACGACGUAACUAAUUUUAAUAAACCUUUUUUAUUCUUAUUAUAAGGGGUAUGUUAUAAGCUAUAAUGUGACUAUUCCGGCUUCUUUUUGCCAUUAAAUUUGAAUCCUUAUUGAAAAUUGUAAUAUAUAGUGCAUUUAAGAGUUUGCUGCCAAAAUACAAAUGACUUAUAAAACUAUAGAUAACAAAUUAUACGAUUGUAUAUGGGUUAAGAGCCGUGUGAACCGGAGAUCUAUAGAUUUUGUUUUGGAAAUUGUGUUUUUUUUUUAAAUUAGUUAGUACCUAAUAUAAUAGCUAACAUUUCGUACGAAAAUGUUUAUAUACAAGAUAAACAUAUUUUUCGUUUUUUUUUUUUUUGUAGAAUCCUAAUCGUUUUUUUGUAAUCGGGCGAGUCACACUUUAUAAAGCCUUUAAUGUAAUAGUGUAUUAGUUUUACUUUAGCCUGAAUAAAUGAAAUUUAUUCGCUUUUGUAUUAAUUUGUUCAUUAUACUUUUUAUUUUAUUAUUAAUAUCUCUGUUCAGUUCUUAAUGCAUAUACGGUUAUAAUUAUUAAAAAAAAAUCUAAGUGUAAUUUAAUCAAUCAGUGUUGGUCGAUCCCAUAUGUUUUCGAACGACAAAUUUGAAUAAUUGGUUUAUAUGAAAAUGCUUGAAUGUAAGUUUUGAAACAUUAUAUCUUAUAUAACCGAAAUAUGAAAUAUUAAUCUCCUUAAUGUUAUUAUAGAUUGUGAAAGUGUGCAAUAAUUCCCUGAAGUGCAAGGUAACGUUAAUGUAUUUAAUAAGCAUAAUGUGAUAAAGUUAUAAAUCAGACAGGUGAUAUUUAAAUAAAUAUCGUUUUUUU